AUGGCCGGACUCUGGGUUUGGCUCCUUCUGCUUAUCGGCUGCUCAGCCGAUGCCGUCCUCGCCCAGAACCCCGUCGAGGAGAAGACCACCUUCGAGGCAGCCUUUCAAGGUAGAUGCGGCCACGGUUCGCCGUGCGAGCAGCUCUGCUACGAACUUCACGAUGGGAUGUACGAGUGCGACUGCAGGGACGGGUACAUACUUCAUAAAAAUGGAUACAGCUGCGCCGAGCUGAACUCGACCUCGCCGUCGACCGGCGAGCUGGCGGACGACGACGAUUUGAAUCCCGACCCCGAGGACGACGUCCCAGAGGACGUCGUUUACAUGCGAGGUGCCACCUUCCCUGUGCACCUUGACUCCACUGCAAAUUCCACUGUUCUGACAAACGACACUAGGAAGGGUCCGGACUCUAACGAGAUUCCGGUCCAUAAGGAGGCUCACGGGACGUCCCAGGGACCGAAUCUCGAGCAGAAGCUGCCCUCCACGACGGAGAACGUCGCCGUGACGGAGCCCGCCUGUUCCUUGGACUGUGGACCAGGUGGAAACUGUUACAUCGAGCAAGUCGCUCGUGACUUGGAGGAGGAAGACCCGGGGAAGACGGCCACGACCAGACGGAUUCGAGGGUCCUUCGUGCAGAGGUGUCAAUGCCCCCUUGGGAGAAGUGGCGAUCGAUGUCAGCUAGAGGCGGAGGUGCGAUCGCCCCGAUUUACGGGAUCGGGAUGGCUGGCUUUUCCAGCUUUAAGGGCUGCCUACAAGCACGUCCAGCUGGAGCUGGAAUUUCGUCCAGAAGACUGGGACGGCAUCCUGCUCCUGGCGAGCGAACGCGACGACCUGCAAGGCGACUUCGUCGCCCUGAUCCUGUACCGCGGCUUCGUCGAGUUCAGGUUCGACUGCGGCAGCGGGGUAGGCAUUGUCAGGAGCUCGGAAACCGUAAAGCUCAACGAGUGGAACACACUGAGUGUCUACAGGCACAGGUGGGACGCCUGGAUCCAGCUCAACCAGGAGAAACGGGUGCAAGGACGAUCCAAGGGUCUCUUCUCGAGGAUCACGUUCAGGGAGCCACUCUUUGUGGGGGGUCCUGGGAACACCAGCGGCCUGGAGAGACUCCCGGUGAAGAGCGGAUUCAGAGGCUGCGUCCGGCAUCUCGAGGCGAACGAGCACACCUAUCGCUUCCCUCUCGCUCCUCAGGGAGAUGCAGCGAACGGCUUUGAUGUCGAGGAAUGCACGGCGGACAGGUGCAGCAAGGUGCCGUGCUCCCACGGGGGAAAAUGCCUGACAACCGGCGGCGACACGGCUGUCUGUCUCUGUCCCCUAGGAUAUACGGGGGACCUGUGCGAGACGAGGGUGGAUCUGCAGGUUCCAUCGUUUAACGGAUCCUCGUACUUAAGGUACCCCGGUCUGGCCGAUACGUCGCUGUCGUGGCUGGAACUGUCCGUCACGUUGAAGGCCAACUCGCCCGACGGGGUGAUCCUCUACAACGGGCACCACAGUGACGCGACCGGUGACUUUAUCGCCCUGUAUCUCGCCGAUGGACACGUCCAGUUCACCUUCGACCUGGGAACGGGCCCGGCGACCCUGAGGAGCGAAUCUCCGAUCCGGCUGGGCCAGUGGGUGGAGGUGAAGGUGUCCAGGACGGGGCGCUUGGCGUCCUUGGAAGUGGAGGAUUCACCUCCUCAGGAGGUCCUAGCGCCCGGGGCCUUCACGCAGCUGUCUCUACCCCUGAAUCUCUAUCUGGGGGGUGCACCUGCCGUCGAGAUGUACUCUCCGAAGAUGAAGACCACCGCCAGCUUCGUCGGCUGUAUCCAAACGAUGGUGCUGAACCGUCGCGAGGUCGGAAUUUUGGCGGAGGCCUUGGGCGGCGUCAACGUCGGAAACUGCGGACACGCCUGCGAGGCACGACCCUGUGGUGACGCGGAGUGCCGACCCCUGAGAGAGAGGUUCACCUGCAGGUGUCGACCAGGUGUCCCACACCCCUGCCCCGCGCCCGACGAUUUUUCCCCACUGGCACCUUCUACCACGACCUCCAACACCUCCACCUCGGCCAGGAUAGAGAGAGCAGUGCCCAGUUUCACCGGAAGCGAGAGUUACCUCCACUACAACGACGCCGACACCAUGAGGAGGAUAAUCAGCUACAGGGUGGACAUUAACAUAAGGUUCAGGGCGAGCAGCAGCAGCGGGCUGCUUUUGUGGAGCGGCAGGCAGUCGGAUCCUCAGGAACAGACCGAGGAAAAUGGGGAUUUCCUCGCACUUGGACUGGACCAGGGAUACUUGACCUUGGCUUAUAAUCUCGGCUCCGGAGAGGCUGUGCUCGGGUAUAAUCUCACGAGACUGGACGACGAUCUUUGGCACCGCGUCAGGGCAGUCAGGAACGAGCAAUGGGCGUCGUUGCUGGUCGACAGCGGCACAGGAGUCUCGGCAUCGUCUCCUGGACAGCUGAGACAACUAAACACGGACACGGGUCUUUACGUUGGAGGUGCUCCAGAUAUAGUGAGGACGACCGGAGGGAGGUACCGCAGAGGCAUCGUCGGCUGUAUAAGCGACCUCGUCCUGGACUCCGAUUUUUCGGUGGCCCUGUCGUCACCUGCCCAGGCGACCAACACGCACUCCUGCAUCCCGUGA